AUGGCGCUGUUCCGCAAGUUCUUCUUCAAGAAGCCUCCCGACGGGGUGCUCCUCAUCACGGAUAACAUCUACGUUUUCGAUCAUUGCUUCUCCUUGAAUACACCGGAAGAGGACCAGUUCGAGGCACACACCAGAGGCAUCGCAGCACAUCUUCUAGAAGACUUCCAUGAUCACUCAUUCAUGGUCACGAACUUCGGGACUCGGGCAGAGGAAAGCCGCUUAUACCACAUUUUAUCCGAGUAUGGCAUGACUGUUUUGGACUACCCGGGCCACUACGAGGGGUGUCCACUUCUCACCAUCGAAAUGGUCCACUGCAUCCUGAAGUCCAGCGAAAGCUGGCUCUCUCUGGGCCAGCACAACUUACUCAUAAUGCACUGCGAGCAAGGGUGCUGGCCUAUCCUGGCUUUCAUGCUAGCCGCUCUCUUGUUGUACCUGGGCCAGUAUUCAGAUGAGCAGAAAACACUGGAUAUGCUCUACAAACAAUCAUCUUCCGAGUUCUUGGAGAUGUUCUCACCUCUAAAUCCCAUGCCUUCUCAAAUUAGAUACUUGCGGUAUAUUUCGAUGAGGAAUGUCAUGCCUGAGUGGCCUCCCGCUGAUAGAGCCCUCACACUGGAUUGUCUGACUUUGAGGAUGCUUCCUGAUUUUCAAAGUCAAGGUGGUUUUUGUCCGAUAUUCAGGAUAUAUGGUCCAGAUCCACUCAUGCCCCAUGAUCAGACUCCCAAAGUUCUUUUUUCAACCCCCAAAACAAGUAAUCUUGUCCGUUUUAAUUCACAGGCAGAUGAACGGGUGAACAUAAACCUUCAAUGUCAUGUCCAAGGUGACGUUGUCAUAGAGUGUAGCAACUUGUAUGAUGAUCUAGAUCGCGAGGAGAUGGUUAUCUUUUCUGACAUGGAUGCAACUACUUCGCUUGUUACGACAGAGCCUUUGAGUCAUCAAGAUAAACAAGGACUUGGUGUUGAAGAGUUUGCUAAAGUGCUAGAUAUCUUCAACCAUUUGGACUGGUUGGAUGGGGAUAUGGAUAUUGCACUGGACACACCCCAGAAAAGGUUCCAGGUUACUUCCCAAGGAAAUAUUAAUGCAUCUCCUCCUGAUGAGCCUGAAACCUUUUUUGAUACUCAAGAAGGACUUGGCUUUGAUAAUUUCUCUGGUGAAAUCAACUCUUCUGCUCGUGUGCUGAAGCUUCAAAAUCACUUUGGUAUGCUUGGCAGCACUGAACUUAAACAAGGCCCCCCACAUUCAAGUCCAACGGAAGUUCCAUCCAAACCACAUAGAAUAGAUUUGGAUCCUUCACGAACAGAGCCUCCUUCGGUGUUGUUUUCACCAUCAGAGGUUACAAAGCCAAAGGCUAGUGCUUCAUCAGUAGCAACAUCUUCAGUUACAGUUACACCCCAGCCUGUAUUUUCACCAGUUCAACCGCAGCCACUGCCAUCUGAUUCUGCUGUGCAAAUUUCAUCAGAGGCAUCAGCGACAACAUCUGCAGGGAAGCCUGGUUCACAAACUCCAAUACAGCAUGAACCUUCACCUCUUAUGGUAACUAAAUCGGGAUCAUCAACAUCUUGGAUACCAUCAUGUGCACCUCCUCCGCUUCCUCCCCGACCGGCCACUGUUUCAUUAGCCCCUGUUCCCCCUACCUUACCCAUAAAUACUAGUACAAGUCUGAUCAGUGUUUCCCUUAAAUCAACCAUGCCCUCCCCUUCACCUCCUCCAGAGCCAUCAGCCUUUGCACAAGCUUUUGCAACGGAACAACUGGUUAAAUCACAAGAAUCUUCUUACGAGAUUCUCAAGUCACUGCCUGAUACUUCUACAGCUUCAGCUUCUUCAGUUUGUAUACUAAAGGAAUCUAGUACCCCUAAAGCAUCUUCACCGGUGAUGUUGCCUGCAAUUCCUCUGAAUUCAGACUCAGGGCCCUUAGUAACUCCAGUCACAAGAUCAGAUCUUAACCCAGCAUCGCCGCUCCCACCACCACCACCGCCACCUCCCCCUCCUCCUAUAAAAGCAGCCACUGUGUAUGAACAGGAGACAAGCAGGAAAGAAAAGGUUGCACCACCUCAGCCUCCACCCCCACCACCUCCACCAGCACUGCCACAAGCACCUUUUGAAAAUGCUACACAGUCGUUUACUGCGUAUGAAAUUUCUUCCCCGCCAAAGAAAGUUCGAUCUUCACCACCACCACCACCGCCACCACCCCCCUCAUUGUUUGCUGACAAAAAGGUCAGUUCAGCAUCAAAAUAUGCGGUUCCAUCACCUUUGAGCCCCAACUUUUCGCAAACAGUUCCAAGGCUGCAAGCACCAACCAUUCCACCACCACCUCCUCCUCCACCUCGAAGUAGCUCGUUGGUUUCUUCAUGUCCAUCCACAAGUGGUAGACAUUUCAUGGCUGCCCCUCAUCCUCCCCCACCUCCCCCACGAUUGCAUACCAUGGCAUCUCGUGUAUCGGCGCCACCUGCACCCCUGUUACUCGUUGCUGCCCCUCAUCCUCCCCCACCUCCCCCGCCAUUGCAUACCAUGUCAUCUCGUGGGUCAGCACCACCUGUACCCCCAUUGCCUCCUCCGAAGCUAGCUGGGGCCAGCAAUGCUUCACAAAAACAAUCAGUAACCCGACCACCGCCACCUCCACCAGGCCCACCUCCUAAGAAUUCUUCAAACUCUUUGCCAAGCAAAGGAACCGUUGUCAGUGCUGCCCCACCGCCGCCUCCUACAUUAUCAUUUGGUGCAAAGGGCCGCAGCGCAGUCCGGUCAAAAAGCCCUAGAGGUUUGCGUGCCAACCAGCCAUCCAAGAGGACACCUCUGAAGCCAUUACACUGGGUAAAAGUGUCAAGAGCAACACAGGGAAGCUUAUGGGCAGAUACACAGAAGUCUGAUGAAGCAUCUAGGACUCCAGAGAUUGAUCUGUCUGAGCUUGAAAGUCUUUUCUCAGUAUCCAUGCCAAGUAUGGAUGCAAAACGGACACGCCAACGUCCUCCUGUUGCAUCAAAACAAGAAAAAGUUCACUUGAUUGACCUCCAGCGUUCAAAGAAUUGUGAAAUUAUGCUGCGGAACAUUAAGAUGCCAUUGCCUGAUUUGAUGGCUUCAGUGCUUACCCUUGAUGAUUCCAUCGUUGAUGGUGAUCAAGUAGAUUAUCUGAUAAAGUUCUGCCCAACUAAGGAAGAAAUGGAACUGCUCAAAGGUUAUACAGGCAGCAAAGAUAAUCUAGGAAAAUGUGAGCAGUUCUUCUUGGAAAUGAUGAAAGUGCCAAGGGUGGAGUCAAAACUGAGAAUCUUAUCCUUUAAGAUAAAGUUUCUUACACAGGUUGCAGACGUGAAAAAUAACUUGAAUACCAUUAAUGAUGUUGCUGAAGAGGUUAGGAACUCUGACAAGCUUAAGCGAGUGAUGCAAACAAUUCUUUCCUUGGGGAAUGCAUUAAACCAAGGAACUGCAAGGGGUUCAGCCAUUGGAUUUAGAUUAGAUAGUCUUCUUAAGCUCAUUGAUAUACGGGCACGAAACAAUAAGAUGACUCUCAUGCAUUAUUUGUGCAAGGUUCUUGCAGGCAAGCUUCCUGAAGUUCUUGAUUUUGUUAAGGAUCUUGCGCAUUUAGAACCCGCCACAAAGAUCCAAUUGAAAGACUUGGCGGAGGAAAUGCAAGCGAUAACUAAGGGACUAGAAAAGGUUGAGCAGGAACUGGCAACAUCUGAAAAAGAUGGUCCAGUGUCUGAGACGUUUUACAAGAAACUGAAGGAAUUUCUGGCUGAUGCCCAAGCUGAAGGGAGGUCAUUAGCUUCGCUUUACAGUACAGCGGGCAAAAGCGCGGAUUCUCUAGCACAUUAUUUUGGUGAAGAUCCUGUGCGGUGUCCAUUUGAGCAAGUUGUCUCCACUCUGCUAAGCUUCGUGAAAACUUUCGAGCGGGCGCAUGCCGAGAACCUCAGGCAGGCGGAGGCGGAGAAGAAGAAAGCCCAGAUGGAAGCCGAGAGAGAGAAGGCGAAGGCAGCUGCCGCUCACAAGAAGGCGGGGUCGCCGGAGCCAGGGGUUUCCGACCGAUGA